GUUUCAAUUUAUAUCAUGUGAUGGUGACUUACUACAUCACGUGAUAAAUGCAGACGAGCUAAAAUGGCGACAACCGAUUCAAAAGUAACCGGACUGGAUAGUAAUGCUAUUUACUAUGAAGUUUCACCGACUAUUAUUUGUAUCAUGCGGCUGUACAACAUUUUGACAUUGCUAAUGGUUCUGAUAGCUUUCACCAUAUGUCUUAUAAAAGGACACGAAAGCGAAUCAAAUUAUCUCCUAGCCUGCAAUCUCGUGCUCAGUGGACUAAUUGCAAUAGUUAUUAACUGGUGGUACAGAAAAAAUGAGCUUGCUGCUGACAAAUACUGGUACAUUUUCCUAUUGUCAACUGUGAUUAUCUUCCAAACGAUAACGACAGAUGUAUAUGUAUUUCACGUCCUGCCGACGGCCGCACCGACGGAAGGACCGCCGAGAACACUGUCAACAAUGCCCUAUACCGGAACUUCAAUUUCUUGGCGUACAAUAAACAGCUCUACAAUAACACCACCUCCAUCAGCGUUUCCAUUUCAAAUUCAGUCACCUUAAAUUGGGCAUAUCUUUUAUCUGAAGACAAAACAAAACGUUCGACAGGGUUAAAUGUACAGAAGAAAACACGCCGUGGUUGCAAAAACACUUUUCUUGAAAUAGAGCUAUAUAUUGGAGGUGUGAAGUAUCAUCAAACCUGAAAUAGCACACUCGGUUGUUAUAGACAAAACUUGUCGAAAAACCUUCUGUAAAAACUUUGCAACUGUGAUAUGUUAUUAUUAUUAUUGUAUGCAUGUUGUAUAUCUAUGGAUUAGAUCAAAUGAAUGUUUUAUAUGAUACAUGUGUAAUAAAACUUUGAAGCUUUC